UUUUUGUGAAAUGAGGGAAAAGGCCAGACUGAUUUAAUCACCUGUAUAGGUUUUCAUUUUUAAAAGAAAAAAAAUGUAUGUUGUAUUCACGUGCUAUGAUAGCGGCUGUUUAGAACCGGGGAUGCGAUAAUUUAGGUAUAUUAAGAAAAGAUGUUUUCUGAGUGCCGUAAAACGCUCAUGGAGAUACAGUUGCGUUCUCUAGGCAACGCAAAGCUUAAACCUGUUAGCCGGUCGCUAUUGUAUUCUUCGAGUACCUCCCGUGUACGUAUGGAGCGUGUAGAAGAGCUUCGGGUUACCUGGAAAACCCUAUUUGCCGUUUUUUUACACCGAAGUCGUUGAGUGCCAGAUAUGACCGAUGACCACCACAAAAUAUGGGGACAUUGACAGAAAGGCACUGUUAAGAGUCGAUUUUGUGAUCCCGGGACCAGGAAGCGCUCAUGAACAUGACCGUGUUCAACCAGGAGAAUGUGGAGGAAUAUUACGAAAUCGGAGAUAAGCUCGGAAGUGGCCAAUUUGCUGUGGUUAAAAAAUGUUGGCAGAAGAGCAGUGGUAUGGAAUAUGCGGCCAAAUACAUCAGAAAGUGCCGGAGCAAAUCCAGCCGGCGUGGAGUAACGAGAGAGGACAUCGAAAGAGAAGUUAGCAUCCUGAAGGAGAUUCAGCACCCUAAUGUUAUCACGCUGUAUGAUGUCUUUGAGAACAAGAAUGAAGUUAUUCUCAUCCUGGAACUGGUGGCUGGGGGAGAGCUCUUUGACUUUCUGGCAGAGAAGGAGUCCCUCACAGAGGAGGAGGCCACCGAAUUCCUUAAGCAAAUCCUGGAUGGUGUCUUUUACCUACACUCCAAACAGAUUGCCCACUUUGACUUAAAGCCAGAGAACAUUAUGCUGCUGAACCGGACAGAACCUCACCCACGCAUUAAGCUUAUUGACUUCGGCUUGGCUCACAAGAUCGAUUUUGGCAAUGAUUUUAAAAGCAUAUUUGGAACACCGGAAUUUGUAGCUCCAGAAGUGGUUAAUUAUGAGCCCCUUGGCCUGGAAGCAGAUAUGUGGAGUAUUGGUGUGAUCACAUAUGUGCUUUUGAGUGGUGCCUCUCCUUUUCUGGGGGACAACAAACAGCAGACACUGGCAAAUGUUUCUGCUGUCAGUUAUGAGUUUGUUGAGGAGUUCUUCAGUAACACCAGUAAUCUGGCCAAAGACUUCAUCAAAAGACUUCUAAUAAAAGAUCCCAAAAAAAGAAUGACAAUUCAAGAAAGUUUUCAGCAUCCUUGGAUUAAGCCGAAGGAUACUCAGCAGGCACUUACCAGAAAAGAAUCUGCUGUAAAUAUGGAGAAGUUUAAGAAGUUUGCUGCACGAAGAAAGUGGAAGCAAUCAGUUCGUCUCAUCUCUUUGUGUAAUCGGUUGUCUCGGUCCUUCCUCUCCAGGAGCAACAUAAGUGUUGCACGCAGUGAUGACACCCUGGAUGAGGAAGAUUGCUUUGUGAUGAAAGCAAUCAUUCAUGCCAUCAAUGACGACAAUGUGCCAGGUCUGCAGCACCUCCUUGGAUCACUUACAAGCUAUGAUGUGAAUCAGCCCAACAAGCAUGGGAUACCCCCUCUCCUCAUUGCUGCAGGCUGUGGAAACAUCCAAAUUAUUGAUGUGCUUGUUAAAAAGGGAGCAGAUAUCAACGCCCAUGACAAGUCUGGUGCAAAUGCUGUCUAUUAUGCUUCAAGGCAAGGGCAUGUGGAAACCUUGAAAAUCUUGCAUGAAAAGAACUGUCCUCUGGAUAUUCAAGAUAAGUCUGGAGAAACAGCUCUUCAUGUGGCAGCAAGGUAUGGAAACGUGGAUGUGGUCCAGUACCUCUGCAGCAUACAUGCCAAACCUAAUCUAGCAGACAAGGAAGAAGAGACGCCUCUUCACUGUGCAGCUUGGCAUGGUUACUUCUCUGUGGCUAGAGCUCUGUGUGCCGCUGGUUGUGAUGUCAAUUUGAGGAAUCGAGAGGGGGAGAGCCCACUCUUGACUGCCGCUGCCAGGGGUUUCCAGGACAUUGCGGCAUGUCUGGUGGAGUAUGGCGCUGACUUGAACUCCACCGACAAGGAUGGCCAUACUGCCCUACACCUGGCUGUGCGAAGAUGUCAGGUGGAAGUUAUAAAGUACCUACUUAGACACAGCUGCCAGCUUGACCACCAGGAUCACCAAGGCAACACCCCCCUGCAUAUUGCCUGCAAGGAUGGAAAUCUUCCUGUUUUAUUAUUGCUCUGUGAUGCGAUGGCUAACCUGGAUAUCACUAAUAAAUUUGGGAGAACGGCACUACACUUGGCAGCAAACAAAGGAGCCCUUGAAGUUGUCCGAUACCUUUGUGCUGCUGGUGCUACCAUUGAAAUUGCCACCAAUGAUGGGAAAACAGCCGAAGAUCUGGCUAUAAAUGAACAGCACAAGCAUGUUGCUGUCUUGUUGGGAAAGCUAAGAAAGGACGCCCACAAAGGUAGCUACAUACAGCAACUGAGGGCCACACAGACCACGCAACCAAAGAUAAAGCUAAAACUUUUUGGCCACUCUGGAUCAGGAAAAAGUACACUCUUGGAGUCUCUCAAGUGUGGUAUUCUGAGAAGCUUCUUCAAAAGGAGACGGCCACGGCUGUCCUCUGCCAGCUUAUCUCAUUCACCCUCAUCUCCUGUGUCCUCUAAACCUGCAGCCUCUUUAAGCAUCUCCAACCUUUACCCUGGCUGUGAGAACGUCAGCGUGCGCAGCCGCAGUAUGAUGUUUGAGCCCAGUCUGACAAAGGGAGUGCUGGAGGUCUUCUCCCCCAUGCACACCACCCUCUCUGCAGCCGACCAAGCAACCAAGGCCAUUGAUAUUCAAAACACCAACCUCAGUGGAGUUGGGGACUUCAGCGUUUGGGAGUUCUCUGGCAAUCCGGUAUAUUACUGCUCCUAUGAUUACUUUGCUGCAAACGACAGCACUGCCUUGCACUUGGUUCUCUUUAGCUUGGAGGUGCCAUAUGAGACACAGCUGAACCAGAUCACCUUUUGGCUCAACUUACUCAAGUCCCUCACCAUUCCGGAGGAAUCCAUAGCCUUUGGUGGGAAGAUGAAGAAUCCACUGCAAGUUGUGCUGGUAGCAACUCAUGCAGAUUUUGUGAAUCUGCCCCGGUCUUUUGGAGGGGAAUUUGACUAUGACAAGGAAAGGUGUCUACUUAAGGAAGUCCGAAGCAGAUUUGGCAAUGACCUGCAGAUUUCUGAAAAGGUUUUUGUUGUGGAUGCUGGAGCAUCCAACUCAAAGGACAUGAAGUUGCUUAGAAAUCACCUACAAGACCUUCGAAAUUCCAUUAUUUGUAAAUGUCAACCGGUAACAGUACUAUGUGAGAAGAUUUUAUCUACACUUCCAUCUUGGAGAAAGCUCAAUGGGCCCAACCAGCUAAUGUCGUGGCAGCAGUUUGUGCUAGAUGUUCAGGAGCAGAUCAACCCUCUUGUCAGUGAGGAGGACCUACGAGCUGUAGCCUUGCAAUUGCAUAGUAUGGGAGAGAUAAACAUCAUGCAGAGUGAAACUGUGCAGGAUGUGGUUCUUUUGGAUCCACGCUGGCUGUGCAGCAAUGUUCUGGCAAAGAUCUUAUCCAUUGAGACUCCUAAGGCGAUACAUCACUACAGGGGACGCUUUCGUCUGGAGGAGAUGCAGAGCCUUUUGUCAGAGAGUGAUGCCGAUGAACUGCUUCAGAUUCUCGAUGCCAUGGAUAUAUGCGUUCGUGAUCUUAACUCUGCUAUGGUGGAUAUACCAGCACUCAUCAAAACCAAUGGGCUGCACCGUUCCUGGACAGAAGAAGAUGACGAAGAAGAAGUGUUUAUAUAUGGUGGGGUACGGUUGGUCCCCGCAGAGCACCUUACCCCAUUCCCAUGUGGCAUCUUUCACAAGCUACAGGUCAACCUUUGCCGUUGGAGUUAUCAGCAGAAACCUGAUGGUGAUGACAUUCGUCUAUGGACUAAUGGUGCCAAGAUCUCGCAUGGUGGAGCUGAUGUCAUGGUGCUCUUAGUGAACCAUGGACAAGGAAUCGAGGUGCAAGUGAGGGGGCCGGAUUCUGAGAAGCUCAAGUGUUGUAUGCUAUUGGAUUUGGUCUGCAGUGUCAUAGACAACUUACUGGCUUCCACACUUCCUGGGCUGCUGACUGUGAAGUACUACCUUAGCCCACAACAGCUGAGGGAGCACCAUGGACCCAUCAUGAUCUACCAGCCAAAAGACUUCUUCAGAGCCCAGGCUCAAAAGGAGAUGUCCCUUACUAACACAAUGGGUGGCUACAAGGAAAGCUUUGGAAGCAUCUUGAGCUUUGGUUGCACAGAAGUCUUCCAACAGGGUAGGCUUGGAAUGGACAUCCAUAUAUCAGAUGUCAGUCUGCUAGCCAGGAGAAAACUCUGCAGGCUCCUUGAUCCACCAGAUCCCAUGGGCAAGGAUUGGUGUCUGCUUGCCAUGAACCUGGGCUUGUCGGCUGUAUUGGCCAAAUACAGUAGUAAUAAUGGUACUCAUACGAUAGGUAUGUUUCAGCCAAGUCCCACAGAAUUGCUCCUGCAGGAGUGGAGCAGUCACCCUGACAGCACCAUUGGUAUCUUUAUGGCUAAGCUUCGAGAACUGGGGAGAAGAGACGCUGCUGACUUUCUUUUAAAGUCGUCGCCUGUGUUCAGGGUUAACCCAGAGGUGACUGCUUCAGACAGCUAUGGACCAACAUGCAAUGGUGGAACAUCUUAUAAUUCUAUCAGCUCUGUCAUAUCUAGGUAAAAUGCCAUGAGUUUUUGGAAUUUAAGUGCAAUUUAACUGGUAACCAUUGACCACCUUUAAAUCUAAUUUUGUACAAAAACAACACCCUAUAAUUAAUAGGAAUCUAUUACUUGUAUUGUAGAGUCCUGUGUUGGCCUAUAGUUAAUGAUUUAUCAUUGUUGUUGAUUUGAAUAUUGUAAAUACUAGUCAAUGAUUUAUUAUUCAAGAAUGUGUUUUCAGGCAGUUUAUAUAAUUUCUUUUUUACAUGUUGUCUUGAAAACAAAUCCUUUCUUAAAUCUUCCCUAAUGUUCGGUAAGGCAUCUUUUAUCCAUCAUGAAUUUCUUUAAAUAUUCUGCAGAAAGUAUUUUCUGACAGCUGUAUUAUUUAAAAACUCAAAUGGAAAUUCAAUGCUUGGCAGCUGCUGUGAAUGUGAGUGCCUUUAUGUAUGUACAUAUAUAAAUUACAUUUUUAGAGCAUUAUAUUAAAGCCCUUUAUUUCCCGAAAAAAGCACAGUCCUCCAUCAUUUAAACCAGGCUUUUUCUAGAUGCACAUAUUAAAAGUUAUUAGCUAUGAAGUCCCUUGUCAUUCAAAUACAAUUAAAAUACUGAAUUUGUUUAAAUCCUAACUUUGGAUAUUUGUUUUUAAAAUUUGGGACUUUCAUUUAAGUCUGGGCAGGACGUGGGCAUCCUAAAAUGCAGUCCCAGUGGCAAUUUUUGCCCUGUUGUAGAAAUCAUUGCCUUGUUGGGAAAGGGGGAACUAAGAGGCACAGGGUAAAGGUAAAACAUAAGCAUAAAUCAUAACAAUUCUCUUGGUUAGGGGGCAUAUCAGUAUUUAAAAAAAAAAUCUGUUAAGUGUCCUGAGAUGUAAUUUGUCAAAUCCUUAUUUUUUGUAAAAACCUUUUGUCGUUUCACUUUUGAGGAUCAUAUGAAGAUACAUUCUACAUUCGUUACAUUAUAGCAAUAAAACUGAAUACAUAAAAUUGAUUUAGCAAGAAAGUAAGAACACAUGCAAGUAGUGUUUUUUUUUUUUUUUUUGCUUGUUUAUUACAUAUACUAAGGGAGAAAAUUGCCUUUUGUAAAGUGCUCCAAAAGUCUUAAAGAAUCUUAGAGCUGUAUUCAAGUUUUUUGUACAGAAAUGUCUUUUCACUAGCUUUUUCAGAUUUGUUUGUAAAGCAUGCCCUCUGUGUUCUUAAACCUACCUGGUAAAUUACGUUUUAUAAUGAAUAGUUCGAAAGUUUUUUCUCUCUUUCUGGACAAAGAUAAGUUAUUAUUGCUCAUGUAUGUACGUUUUUGUUAUACUUAUGCACUCAAUUGAAUGUAUUUUCCUAAUUUUUAAGCAUUUUCUGUCAACCAAGGUUGUUGGCAAUAAAGAGAUCAGUCCAUUGCACUUUAGCAAUGGUCUUGUCUCCCCUACCAACUUAGGCAUGAGGUAUACAAAGUGUGCAACCUGUGUAUUUAUUCAUGCAUAAUACAAUUCCAUAAAUUCAAGGGGUUGUUCUUAUGUA